CCGCGCACGCAUUCUGGCUCCAGCGUGCCUGUCUGGCGUGCCUGCCUGCCUGUUGCGGAGCGCUCAGCCCUUUCCCUGGACUGAUAUUGCCUGCCAAUUUGCCCUCUGCCGACACUCCCACGCAUCUCUCCUUCACUCCCGUUUUCUGCUCCAAACCAUGCUUUUCUCUACGCGUCUUCUCAAGGGCAUAGCGGCUGCUGCCACCAUCAUUGUCGCGCAGGCAGCCGGCGCCACAGCACAGCACAACAAUGUCGACGAGUUUGGCGUGCCCAUCAACGCCGACGGCACCAUCAUCCCUGAGCGGGGCAUCAAGGAGAUUGCCAAGGCUGAAUUCGUCGAGUUCCUCGACAGCAAGUCGGAGAGCCUGCUGAUUCAGUUCUACGACACCGACAUUGACGAGUCCAAGGCCGCGAUGGAGGAGUACGAGGUGUUUGCCGAGAAGGCAGCUGUCAGAUACCCAGACCUGGUGGUGCGCAAGGUCAACUACAAAAAGGACAACUACCUGACUGCGCGGCUGCUCCUGAUGCAGAUUCCAGAGCUCCGUCUGCUCAUCAAGGGUGAAGUGGUCGCACGCUGGCCUGGAUUGCGGAUUCAGCCAGCUUCCUCGAGGACAUCAUCCCGCUGCCCAAGUGGCUCGCGAUCGUCAUCAUCCCAGCCGUGAUCACCUUUGCUGGCCGCUUCAUCAUCGAGGCCAUGUACGGUGCUGAGGAGGUUGUGCGCGACUCGAUCAGGUCUCUGUCUGGCAAGGACAAGAAGAAGAAGAAGAAGGUAAAGGUGGUCAAGGAGGAGGCCGCUGAGGAGGCUGGCGCAGCCAAAGACAAGGACGAGAGCAAGAAGACGCAAUAGCGCAUCCAAGGCAUUUCCCAGUAAUCAUUUCCCCUAUGUUUGACUACGCUAAUAAUCUUUUACAUCUGCACCAC